AUGCAUCGGCACAUUUACCGGCAGAUAUUGGUCGGCCGUGAGGAGGGCGAUGCUGCCGCGGUUGUGACUGAGUGUGAGAUUUCUCCCUCAAGCACGGAUCAUUGGGGCCUUCGGAUUGCGUCCAUUUUCGUCAUCCUCAUCGGCUCGGCGCUCGGCGCGCUUUUGCCUGUCUUCCUUGCAAGAACCUCCAAGUUCCGGGUGCCCAAGUUGUGUUUCUUCAUCGCCAAGUACUUCGGCACUGGUGUGAUUCUAGCAACGGCCUGGAUGCACCUUCUCUCCCCCGCGUCUGACAACCUCCGCGAUGAAUGUCUCGCAAACAUUCUGCCCGAUUACGAUUGGGCCAUGGCUAUCGGCUUGAUGACGGUCAUGGUCAUGUUUCUCUUGGAACUCAUCGUCUCGCGCUUCGACUUUGGCUUUGGCUCCGCCAACGGCCACGGGCACGGCCACACCAAUGAGAAGGGCCAAAAAGUUAAGGACUUAAGAAGCCAGGCUGCUAUGCGGCACUCCCAGGAUGUUGAGACCGCAGGCUCGAACAAGUCGGCCGAUGCUUCCUCGCCCGCUGGGAGCACUGUUGGGCCGGGCUUGUCUGACAAAAAUAGAAUCCCUGGCUUGCGCAACGACAUCAGCUAUCCGCCCGGCGGGGAGGACCACCUGGGCCACCAGCGAGACCAUGUCGAAGGCGACGAGCAUGCCAACUACGCCGCGCAGAUCACAGCGAUCUUCGUCCUCGAGUUCGGCGUCAUCUUUCACUCCAUCUUCAUUGGCCUCACUCUCGCCGUCACCGAUAACUUCAUCAUCCUCUUCGUUGUCCUGGUCUUCCACCAGACCUUUGAGGGACUCGGGCUCGGCGCGCGUCUCGGCAUGGCGACCUGGCCACCCGGCGCCCGUAGAUGGACUCCGUAUCUCCUCGGGCUGCUGUAUGCCGUCAGCACGCCGUUCGCCAUUGGGAUGGGGCUCAUCGCGAGCAAGUCGCUUGCUCUGGAAGCUGCUACAAGCAGGGUCGUCAACGGUGUCUUUGAUGCCAUCAGCGGCGGCAUCCUCAUGUAUACCGCCCUCGUUGAGCUGGUGGCGCAUGAGUUCAUGUUCAACCCGGAAAUGCGGAAGGCGGGACUGGGGAUGCAGCUCUCCGCGUACAUGUGCGUUGCCUUCGGAGUCGGGCUAAUGGCGCUUCUGGCCAAGUGGGCCUAA